AUGUUUCUUGGGGUUAAUUCCAACAAAGUGGUAUCAGAGCAAGGUUCCAGAUUUAAAGGAUUAUGCAGGAAACAGGAAGAAAUAUCAGAGGGGGAGAGGGAGAAAAGACAAGAAAAAUCACUGAAGAAAAGAGAUGAAAAGAUUCUGGGCAAGUUUUUCUGUGAUAUGAUGAUUGAUGAUGAAGAUUUAGUGGAUGAUUGUGUGAAUGUCUCUGAUGAAAAGAUUCUGGAUGAUGAGUUUUAUCCUACAGAUGGUUUUGAGGGUUUCUAA